UUUACUCCGGUCCACACGUGUGCUCGUGCACAGUUCUGAUGCAGUGUGGAGACAUGGGGGAGGUGAGGAUGGAGACGGAGACGGAGACAGAGACGGAACCGGUUCGGCCCAAAGUGACGGACAGUAGAGGAGUGCUGAAACAGAACCGGGACUUCCUGGACUUCUUCUGGGACAUCGCCAAACCGGAGCGCGAGACCCGCCUGAGGGCUGUGGAGGGACUCAUAGAGCACGUGCGGCUCAGCCAGGAGUCUGAUGUGCUGAAGUACACCCUGAAGAGACUGGUAGAUGGACUGUGUCACGCUCGAGAGGAGGCUCGCUCCGGCUACAGCCUAGCACUCGCACAGGUGUUGAGUGUGUUUGAGGAGAUCACACUCAGGAGUGUAUUGGACCAGAUCAGAGAGAAACACAACCUGAAGGCGGCCAGCAAGAAGCAGAUUAAACAUGCAGCCUUCGGGAACUUCUUUGGAGUUCUGGCUCUGUCUCAGUCCACACGCCUGCACAAGGAGGCAGACGUGCUGCUGGAGUGUGUGAAGCUGCUGCAGUCUCUCUCUCAGUACAGAGAACACCUGAGGGAUUUACCCACCAAGACCAUCGGAGACAUCCUCAACGAGGUGUCGGAGCAGAUGUUUGAGCAGGUGUUGUUCAGCGCCCUACAGGAGGAUCUGAGGUCGGCUCUCAGCAGUCCUGAGCAGUUAGAGCUCCUCCUGCUGGUCAUGCGCAGAUUCUCAUCCACACUCAGCUCUGUACAACUGGACAAACUACUGGGGACCAAAUCCAUCAUCAACACACACACACUGCCCAGGUUAGUAGAGGUGGUGAAGGCAGCCGCGCGCUCGGUGAAGAAGGAGUGUGUGUUGCCAGCGGUAGCGUCUGAUCUCCUUCACAUGUCCCUGCGUGAGGACAGCUUCACCUUCUUCUGGGACAGUGUGGUGAUCGGUGGACUGAUAUCGGCCCCCCCAGGGCCCAGCCAUUACCUGGCGUUCAGGCUGAUGGGCGUGGCCUUGCCGUUGCUGUCUGUGUCUCAGCUGCAGUAUGUUCUGAGUGGUGAGGUGAUGAAGCGUUAUGGAGAACACGUCAUGACCGCACAGCUGCCCGAGCGCUUUAAGUUCUCCCCGGAGAUGGACGAGUGUGUGUGUGUGUUCCUGCGCAGCUGCAGUGAUGUGGCGAAGCAGCUGUUGGUGCUGCAGAUGUUCACUCGGCUGGCGCAGCGCGGCGCUCCCGUCGUCCCGUCCUUCUGGAAGGUUCUGGAACACGCGGAGCUCGGCGCUCUCAAGUCCUACACGCGCUGGCUCAGAGAGAGGUUCUGUCAGCCUCGCGUCUCCGAGCUGCUCGACUUCACCACACGCAAGCAGAGAUGCGGCCAGGACUCCGCCCAUGACCCCGCCCCUCAGACCGAGGAGUGUGUGUCGCGUCUGAGGAAGUGGAUCAUCCCCCGCCUGGCCUGCAUCGUGGAGAACCAUCAGAUUAAAAAAGAUGAGGAGCUCGUUAUGGAGAUCACCAGGUUUAUCUUCUUCCAUGCGUUCUUCGAUACAGUGAAGUCCACAGCUUUAAUCCCGGAGACUCAGAACAAAGUCUCUCCUGCUCUGGACCAGAACACACGCAACACCGCCAGCUCCACCUUCUUCAGUGUGUUACACUCCCUGAGUGUGUUGCCGGUGCUGGGUGAGAGUGAGCAGAGUGAGGCGGGGAGCAGGAGGAGUGUGUUGGGUGUGAUGUCAGACGGGUCCAUGUGGGUGGACGGGCUGGUCCGGUUCGCCGACAUGCUGCUCAAACACACCAAACACGUCCGGAGUGUACACGCACUCAGCACUGAACACACACAAGCCUGGGACAGCAUGCUGCAGUCAGUGGAGUGUCUCAGUAAGAAGAUGAAGAAGUCUCCAGCUCCUGAACACUCGGCCUUCCAGCACCUCUUCCUCAUCAUCGGCAUCCAGAUGUUCAAGGCUCCAGAUGACAGUGUGGAGUUACUGAAUGAUCUGAGGAGCUGUAUGGAACAAGCACAGGCCAAAAAACCCAAGAAGAAGAAGACGCAGAAGAGGAGUGAGGCAGACGGCGAGGGGGCGGAGCCUCACUGGGUGGAGGUGGUGGUGGACAUCCUGCUGUCUCUGCUCGCUCAGCCCAGCCGUCUCAUCCGCAGUGUGUGUAAGACCGCCUUCAGCCGAGUGUGUCCUUAUAUCACUCAGCCCGCGCUCACCGCUAUACUGAACGUUCUGGACCCGAGUAAGGACGCAGAGGAGAGCGGGGUGAUGGUGAGUGACGACACGGAGAAGAAGAAGAAAGCAGAGGAGGAGGAGGAAGAACAGGAAGCAGAGGAUGAAGAUGAAUCUGACUCCUCAGGCCACGAUGAAGAUGAAGAUGAUGAAGAGAUGGAUGAGGAUGAGGAGGAGGAAGUGGAUCAGAAUUUCCGUCUGGAGCUGAUGAAGGUGUUACAGGGUCAGAACGCUCUGGCCAUCGAGGACGACGGCAGCAGUGAGGACGAGGAGCUGGACGACGAGGCCAUGAUGAAGUUGGAUGAGAACCUGGCGGCUCUGUUCGGGGAGCAGAAGAAGAAGCUGCAGGCCAAGAAGGACGAAAAGGAGCGUCUGCGCAAGGAGAAGACCCUCGUCAGGGACUUCAAGAUCAAAGUGCUGGACCUGCUGGACGUGUUCGUGUGUAAGCAGGGCAGCAGUGUGUUGGUGUUGGGUCUGGUGGAGCCGCUGCUCAGUCUGAUCGAGACCUGCAUGAGCGCCGAGAGCGGACAACACGAGCAGGACUUCCUGAGGAGAGCCGCGCACAUCUUCAGGAACCAGCUGUGUCGGGGGAAACACUACUGCAGAGAGGUGGAGGGCCGGGAGGCGGAGCUUCAUGAGAUGCUGGAGCGUCUGAUUGGUCGAGCACAGAAGCUGUCAGACUCGUCAGUGGCUCUGUAUUACUUCAGUGCUGCACUUUACCUGGUUAAAGUCUUAAGAGGUGUGAUGAAGGACACGGACGCCACAGACACAGCUGAGAAGAGGCUGAUGGGUAAAGUGGAGGUGGACAGAGUGACGUCGUGUUUCAGAGACGCUCUCAGCUCCUUCAUGACGAGACGGAAAAGUCCACUGACUGGAGACAUGUUCACUGAACUGUUCAACAGGUUCCCCGUUCUGUGUGUAAAUUUGGUGGAUACAGCAGUGGAGAACAUCACGGGCGGAGUCAGGGAACACCAACAGGGCCAGGCGUGUGUGCUGGUGCUCAGAGCCCUACAGUCUAAGGAGGUGAAGCAGCUGAUGGGUGACGCCCAGUGGAGGGAAGUGUGUGAGAAAACCACGGAGAAGCUCACAGAGACGCUGCAGAAGGUGGAGUGUAAGAACAAAGCGGUUCAUGAGAAGACGGUGAAGGUUCUGGAGCUCACACACUUCAUCAUUAAAACUGUUCACCAUCAGCAGAAGCUGGAGGAUCUCCGGAACGUUCUCAGGUCCAUGAACGCUGAUGGGAGUCUGGAGAAGUCGGGGAAGCUGGAGGACACGUACUGGAGCGUCAUGAAGCUCUUCGGCCUACAGAAGCCAAAGGUGGAGAAGGUGAAGAAAGCGAAGGAGGUGGAGCAAGAGGGGGAGGAGCCAAAGAACAAGAAGAAGGGAUUCCUUCCUGAGAGCAAGAAACGUAAAAACCGUAAGAAGCCUGUGAUACUGGAGGGAAAGGAGGCUACGGACACGCCCACUCCAGGAGGAGGAGGAGGAGGGGGGAAGAAGAGGAGGAAGAAUAAUAAAAAGAAGAGGAGCGAGUCAGAGAGUCAGAGUCAGAGUCAGCCUCCUGCUAAAAAACCCAAAGCUCAGCAGAAUCAGAGUCACCAGGAGAAGAAACAGAAGAAGAAGAAGAAGAGGAGCAGUGCUGAGUGAACUGAUGGAGGAGGAGGAGGACAGAGCGCACACACACACACACACACACACACACACACACACUGAGAUCCUGAGGGACGUUAUUCACACACACACUUAUUUUUUGUAAAACUAUAAUGAUAAUGAUGUCAUUAAAGACUUUUUAUUGUAAAGUCAGAAAGGUCAUUAAAGUUCUUUUAUUGUA